AUGCAAUGCAAUCUCUCUCUCUCUCUCUCUCUCUCUCUCUCUCUCUCUCUCUCUCUCUCUCUCUCUUUCCUUGCACUCCAUUACAACAACAUUUUUCAUCAUACAUCAACGUCCCGAAACUAUAGGUUAAAUAGUAAAAUAUCUAUCUCUCUCUCUCUCUCUCUCUCUCUCUCUCUCUCUCUCUCUCUCUCUCUCUCUCUCUCUCUCUACAUAUAUAUGGCCGUUAAACAUAUUCCAACCGGCAUUUCUGCGAUGAAGAUCUUCUUUCUAAUAAUUCUAAGUCAGCUGAUUCUAUUAGGAACAGUCGUCGCUAAGUGUCCGAGAGGUUCAACCAAGGAAAAAACAUGUGCUUCGUGCGCCCGACUACCGAAAGCCCGCCAUUUUUCCGAUUCCUGUUGCACGCAACAAUCGUCACAUGAUUUUUGCGAGAAUUGUCUCAAGAACUUGAUCCCGUGCAUCAGGGAAUUGACGGACCUUCUUACGAGGAGAGCCCCAAUUAUGAAACAAGAGAACAAUUUUGGUUUAUCCGAGACGGAAAAAAGAAGGGCAGCUGACAACGGCAUCCAGUCAUCUCUGAAGAAGCGUUUUUAUCAUAACCCCUUCUCCAAGAGAGUUCCCGAAAUACUAGUGCCUGCGCCUCCAGUCGACGAGCAGAAACGACAAGCGAAUGCAAUGGCGUCAAAGUAA